UGCACCCCCAGCCCUGCAGCCCCCCGCCCAUCGCAGGAAGGCUGAGGAUGGGUCCCGCCACAUUCCUGGGGCUCUGCCUGCUGGGGUGCCUGAUGCUGCCCCCCUCCCUGCCGGGGGCCGAGGCCACUCGGUGUCCCCGCGGCUGGCUGUCCUUCGAGGGACACUGCUACGGCUACUUCGGGCAGCAGCUGAGCUGGCGGCGGGCUGAGGCGUGGUGCCAGGCCACCCGCGGGGCGCACCUGGCGUCGCUGCACAGCCCCGAGGAGCACCGGGCGCUCGCCGCCUUCCUGGCGCGGCGGCCGCGGCGCGGAGAGGACGAUGAGGAGGGCGACAAGGACAGGGACAGGGACAGGGACAGGGACAAGGAGGAGAGCGUCUGGAUCGGCCUGCACCGGCGGCGCCAGGGCUGGCUCUGGGCUGACGGGUCCCCGCGCCACUACUGGGCCUGGGAGGGGGACGAUGGCCCCAAGGGACAUCCCUGCAUCGCCAUGGAGGACUCGGCAGGGUUCAUGGCCUGGGAGGGCGAGGCCUGUGGGGAGCGCAAACCCUUCAUCUGCAAAUACCCGGCCUAGAGGGGCCCGGGGCCCGCGGCCCCCACCCCGAGCAGCCCCCCGACUGUGGGGCCUGACCCCCACCCUGCAUCCUGCCCCCAAAUCCCAUCCCAGACCCCAAUCCCUGCCCCCAAAUCCCGUCCCAGACCCCAAUCCCUGCCCCAAACCUGUCCCAGACCCCAAUC